AUGUCGUUUUUAAAAAGUCUAAAAGAAAAUAAGAGUGUGUUAAGCCUGUACUCUAUGGUGUCAUCUAGUGAUCUGACACCAGGCAGCUUGGAGGUGUGGCAGGAUCUUCCAGAUUCCAUUAAAUAUGAUCCAGCACUUGCGCCGUUUAAGCAGCUAUACGAACAAAGAUAUGGUGAGCCAUUAUCUCCAGGGAUAAUCGAUUCAUCGCCUGAGGAAAACGGGAAUGUUUUGAUUAAAAAAUCAGACACUGUCAUAGCCGUUGAGAAAAAUGAGAACAAAGAGAAUAGAAAAUCCUCAAAAAAAGAGAAAUUAUCGUCACGCAAGAAACAGAUUGAAAAGUGGCUAAGAUUCGCAAAGCUCACAUUAUUAGUAGCCGGCUGGGUGGUGCUUACAGUAGCGUUGCUACUUAACAGAGAGAAGACCGAUGUUCUACUCCACACGGCUGUCAGUGGUGGUCAAGUCAAAGAAUACGUACUAAACACUUCAAGAGAUGCCUUCAGUACGCUAAUCACAUUAACGGGCCCUUUUGGAGGUCACAACACCUCAAAACAAUUAACGAUAUGGUUGCGCAGGAGUUACGAAGAUGGCGAGGCGCAGCUUGACAUAACUGCAGUACCUCUUCGUUGGACGAAAAACAACCAACGCGGGUACUCUCAAACUUCUACUUGCGACAUCUACAUAGGGUUUUCCUAA